AUUCUUGGCAUCGUUCUUCUCGCCCUACUGGUUUUGCUCAUCUUCUUUUGUCGGCGUCGUGGAAUCCGCUACUCUAGCGCUUACGAGACCAACGAAACACGUGGUGUUGGUACCGGGGACACGGCUGAUAUGGCCCUGAGACAGAAGCAGAAUGGUCAUCCGGACAUCAGACCCGAGCUCUACAUCUGA